AUGGAACCCCAAACCCCAGCCAGAUCUGGACCCUGCACCUCCGCCCAUUCACGGGUUCAAGGCAGCACUCGCAAGAAAUCUUGCCGGAAAUGUGUACAAGCCAAAGCGAGGUGUGACCUCGGCAACCCGAAAUGCAAAAGAUGCACGGUUCGAAGCAUUAUCUGUGAAUAUCCAAGCCGCAUCGAAUCAAACAACGGUCUAAGCAGAGAGAAUGAACAGAGCUAUGCCAACUUCAUGCCGGCGAAUAGUAUCUAUGAUGCAGGAUCUCUGGAUUCAACAUGGCCACCAGAGUUAGCUGCCGGUAUUGGGAAUCCUUCCCGACAUCAAGCUCAUUCAGCUAUUCCCAAUAGUGAACGUGUUUAUCUCGAUCCCAGUCUUGAUCUGGACUUCCAACACAAUGAUUUGGUAGCAAUGACAGAUGCGGAAGAAAUUCGUGAUCGCUGGCUGCGCCCCUACAUUUCAGAUUCGACGGGCCAGGAACCCAAGCAGCUGAACGCUCAUACCAUACAGUAUCUCACCUGUGUUUUGAAAUCAUACGUUAGAAACUUACUUGAUUCAAUUGCUCCGCCUUUUCUGCAUCCUUUGCAACUCGCGGCAAUACAUCCACCAGUACUGGCUUGUUGUUUCACACUGGUUCGGAUGUGGUUGACCCGGAUACCUGGAUCUGAGCCCUUGAUCCUAGGCACUAUACAUGGAGAAAUGAAAAAGAUUACUGACCAGGUAGAGGACUCUCCAUCUAUUUAUCCUAUACCAAAAUCUAACACACGACAGCAAACUUUUGGGAAUGACUUUGAUGGGCUAUGCUCCUUUCAGGCCUAUCUAAUCUACUUCAUGGCCCUGCAUUUCUUUCCUGCGGCCAACACUAUUGAAGAAGCCCAUCCAGCAGAAAACCAGACACAGAUCAAUAUGCAAGAAAUAGCCUUCCGAUCAGCAAAAACAGGUCUCACAUGCAGGACAGAACAAUGCAAAGCCCGACCGCGCUGGGAGUCAUGGAUAGUCGCCUCCGCCAAGCGCCGUACACUUUUCACCAUGUACCUCUUCACCAAUGUCUACAACACCCAAGUAGGACUACCGAACUUCGUUGCUGAAGAGCUCAGGGGCGUCAUGGUCCCAGAGAGUAAAAUCCUCUGGAGAGCUUCGAGCCGGACCGAUUGGGAACGGGAAUAUAAUCGGCACUUGUCCCGCUGGGAGGAUGGAAUGCUUGAGAUCUCGGAGCUGUGGAAGUCUUCUGAUACUGGAACUGACGCCCAGCGCGAGAGAAUCGAGCGGUGGUUGCAGUCCGCUGAUGAGUUUGGCGUGAUGCUGUUUGCUGUUUGUGCACAUAUCCAUGGUUGCUAA